AGACAUAGUCAUAGAGUAGAUGAGAUUAGGAUCACAAAAUCUCACGGUAUAAAUAAGACAUGCUGACCAAAAAAAUAAAAUAAGACAUAUGCUCAUACGAAUAGUCGUCCAUCAUCGGAUAAACAAAGACAAUAUCUAGCUGGAUGAGAUGAUUAGGGCAGGACUAGUGGGAAAGAGAGUUUCAUCUUACCACUGUCGAUGGGACGAGAAGGGACACACCAUGAUCUCUCAUAUAUUCGUUUCGUUCAGUGAAGUCAUUACAUGUAUUCAGUUUGGCUACACGAGGAAUGGAGCUCUAGCCUUGUCUGAAACCUUUGGUAUCUCUGUAGGAAGCUUUCGAACUGUGAGACUAAAAGAAGAUGAAUAUAUAACUGGAUUGAGUGGAGUGAUAGAAAAGAUGGGACUGGGACGAAUCAUAAAUUUGACGUUCCACACUAACCGCGGGAAGCACGGACCUAUUGGACGUUCAUGCGAUGAUUCAGACGCAAGUGUUUCCACGAUAGAGAUUGAUCCGGCAAUUAGCGAUGAAAGUGAGUUUAGUGGUUUCUUUGGGACUUACAAUAGUGAAUAUCUGUCAACGAUUGGUAUCUACGUGAAGCCCACUCCAAUGACCGGCGGCGGCACGGUGGUUAAACGUGAAAACAAUAAACCAAGCAACGCUCAAUAGUAGCCUUAGUUUUGAAUGGAGGGAAUUCGUCUUAAUGUUGUCUUUUUAGUUCUUAACUCUCAACUAAUAAAAAGGGUUUUAUUUCUUA